AUGUCGCUUUCGACUCCCUACACAUACAUCCAGUGUCCAUGCUCGGAUCAGACUGUCCUCAAUUCCGGCAACGCGCUGUCCGACCCGGAAGAGGACGAGCGAACCUUUGACCCCAAAGCCCCGCGAUCAAACUACAGCCUAUAUCCGCUCGAGUACCUCCUCUACUGCGAAGACUGCCAGCAGAUUCGAUGUCCAAGAUGCGUGACAGAAGAGUCUGUCACUUAUUACUGCCCCAAUUGCCUCUUUGAGGUUCCCAGCAGCAAUCUGCGCAGCGAGGGUAACAGAUGUACGCGAAGUUGCUACCAGUGCCCAGUAUGCAUCGGCCCGCUCCAAGUCGGCGCCAUUCAACCCACCACAGAUGCGAACCUUUUGCCCACGCAGUAUCAGACCAACCCCACGGGGGGACCGUACGCGCUCUUCUGCCAGUACUGCAACUGGACUUCGACCGAGAUUGGCAUCGAGUUCGAUCGCCCUAGUGGCAUAUACAACCAGCUCUCCAAGAUCAACAACGGAGGCAAGCCAAAGCUCACGCUGCGGGACGUCAAGGACCGUCGAAAGGAUAACCCAGACGAGCCACCCGUGCCUGACGACCAGGUCGAUGCGGACUUGCAGUUUGCCAACCUCAAGGCGUUUUACCAAGGCCGGCUCUCGGAAACAAACACCUCAAUACGCGGGCUGCCACUACACGAUGGGCUUGGGUUUUCGUCUCCGGCUGCUCUGACUCGCAUCAUGUCCUUGUACACCGGUCGGGGCCACCAGGGUCGCUUGCAGCAAGGUCCUGCAGAUAUCAUGCGCGAGGCCCUGGGCACCAACGACGGCUUGAAAAUCGCCAAUCUGGAUGAGUCAAAAGAGAUCAAGAAGCUCAUCAGCGGAGGAUGGGACGCUACAGCUUCACUGGAACAGCGUAAAGAGCAGACGGAGCCUAUCCGGUUCGAAGACGAACUCCGGCCGAUUGCAUAUCUGCUCCGCAGCAAGCGGUCGAAACGUUGUCCGGCAUGUCGCCACAUCAUAUCAAAGCCAGAGGCAAAGGUCACGUCUACGCGAUUCAAGAUUCGUCUGGUUGCCAAAUCGUACAUACCCACAAUCACGAUCCGGCCGCUAAACCCAACCGCUACGCCUGCGCCCGUCACAUAUCGGCCCAUGGUCCAGGAAGAAGCGCCGUUGAAGCCGCAUCAGCCGUACCACUUUGUCGUUACUUUUAAGAAUCCCCUCUUUGACAACAUCAAAGUCACGCUGGCCUCGCCAAAUGCAACCCCAGGCCGUUUCUCCAGCAGAGUCACGGUGCUGUGCCCUCAAUUUGAGGUGGACGCCAACACCGACAUGUGGGAUGAUGCGUUGAAAGACGACGAAAAGGAUAGGAGUCGCAAGGCGGACGAAGGCCCUGAAGUGGGCAAGAUUUGGGAAAAGGGACGAAAUUGGGUGAGCAUCGUGCUGGAAGUUAUCCCGGCUUCUCUGCGCAUCGACCACCUACCUAAGAAGGGCAACGAGAAGAUUGAUACCAGCCCACUCAAGAGUGGCGAAGAUAUUCUUGAGAUCUCCAUGUUUGUUCGCAUGGAAUGGGAGGCUGAUACGCAAGCUGACAUGGACGGGCCGGCUAGCAAGGACAAUAAGGAGACGAGGGAGAAGCGAGAACUGGCAUACUGGUGCGUACUUGGGGUGGGGCGCAUCAGUCACGAUUAAUGGACGACUACUUUUUUACAGCGAUAGACAACCCAAGAGAUAGACAAAGACAAAGAUAGAGCACGAAGAUUUAGGGUAGAGGAAGCGAUAAGUGAAUUGAUCAAAUCAUGCCAGCAGCUUUUAUAUCAUUUGAAAAAAACAAAAGCUACCUUGAUAUCAGACGCCAUGCCCAAAUGUUGACCAACCCACCGAUGCUUUAUAAAUAGAGCAACGCAUUUUAAUUGCCUUGUAUUUCCCAAGGGCUUCCCAUUGACAAGUUUAGAAAUGCCGAUUAAAUUUCUUUUUUCUCCUCUAGACUAAUUUAGAACUCAGAGCUGGUAGUCUGGGGGAACUCGAAGUUGACGUUGCGGCCAGUGAGUCUUCGGUAAACCUCAGAGUAGGUGUCGAGUCUGUAGUCAACGCCACCACGCUCCUUCUCGUCGAGGAUGACCUUGAGGAGCUUGCUGCCGUCCUCCUUGGUGCGGAUGCGCUUGCCGACGAUCUCGACGGGGUAGGUGAGAUCAGCCAGGAUGGCGUCGUGGACGGCGGUCAGGGUGCGGGAGCGGGGACGCUUCUGCUUCUGGGUGUUGCGGGAGCGGGCAGAGCGCUUGGGGCGGGGGAGGAUGCGGCGAGAAGCCAGGAUGAGGACGUGGCGGUCGGAGAACUUCUUCUCCAGCUCACGGGUCAGGCUGUAGGGAUAUCGGAAUUAGUCUUUUGAAAUUGGAAGCUUUCUCGGGGAAUUAGGGUUUUGCUUACCGCUGCUGAACACGGUGGAAGCCCUGCAGGGAAGGGACGGGGACAAAGAUGACAAUAGCCUUCUUGCCGUGGCCAACUUCGAUCUAUUCAAGAUCCCAAAGUCAGCAUGCGAGCUCCAGGACAGUUUAAUGCCUUGGACCGCUUCCCGUCCUGCUCCACAGAAGUCAAUAGUACUCAGGCUAGACGGCGCGUUCCCUCCAUGAAUAUUUUUUUUUCCAUCUCCGAGAGGGGGUUGUCAAACGACUCAAUUCUGUCGAAUCGGCAUGUUCAUACAACAUAUUUCCUUCUCUCCGAGGGAGGGAGCGCGCCCAAUCGUACGUCGAAGCCAUUCGUAGAGAGCUUUGGGAACAGGAUGUCGAAGAAAAUGUUCGGUCUGGCUGUUUUCUUUUCAUUCAAGUCAUUCUCACCUCACGGGCAGAGACGAUCUGCAGAGGUCGCAGGGCAACC